AUGCCAUUUACCCCAGUCCAGACCUUUUUCGGCGGUCUGCUCAUGCACGUCUCGUCAGUCGGGCUGUUAAUGGGAACCGGCCGUGUCAUGGGCGCCUCGGGCAUCAUGGACGGCGCCAUUCUCGGCGACCAUGCCAAGUGGCGAUGGGCGUUCUUGACCGGCAUGGUCCUGGCACCAGCCGUUGUCGCGGCGACUGGACUAGAAUCCAUAUUGCCCGGCAACGGGGCUGAGCUAUACGGCGCUGCGCCACUCGCGCGCAUGGCCCUCUCCGGAGCAUUGAUCGGUUUCGGAGCAAAACUCGGGUCAGGAUGCACGUCUGGCCACUUUCUGUGCGGCUCUAGCCGCCUCUCCCCACGUUCCCUCGUCGCCGUCAUCACGUUUAUGAUGUCGGCCGUCGCAACCGCAAAGCUCGUACCUGCAAAGUACCUCGUCGACCCUCUGCCUGCCAACAUCCCUGUCUAUCCUCCGGCCUGGGCGCUCCCCGCUCUCGGCGGACUCGUCCUCGCUGCCAUCUUUGCUCGUAACGCCAUCAACGCCAUCCUCCCCAAGGCAUGCACCCCGACCCCGGCAACCACCAACGGUGAUUCGAACGGCGUCCAGAAUGGAAACGGUCAGGCCGGAGAGUGCAAGUACACUCCCGCCCAGCUAUUGCCCUACUUUGUCUCGGGCCUGACUUUCUCGUUGGGUCUCAUCGCGUCCGGCAUGGUCUCACCACUCAAGGUCAUCGGCUUCCUCCGCGUCCCGCCCCCUCUCAACACCUGGGACCCGUCGCUGACCAUGGUCGUAGCUGGCGCCGUCAUCCCCAACAUGAUCCACUGGUUCUCGCUGAAGAAGGCCUCUGGUGACUCCCCCAAGCCCAUCUUUUCCUGGGAGAAGUGGCAGGUUCCCACCCGUCGCGACAUCACCCCACGCCUCGUGAUUGGCGCGCUCAUUUUCGGUAUGGGCUGGGGACUGGGCGGUAUCUGCCCCGGUCCUGGCAUUGUCACUGGCGGCCAGCUCGCCAUGGACGCUUUACGUGGUGAGGAUGUUAGCCGCGCCGCCAUCGGAUGGGCGAGCUACAUCGUCAACAUUACCCUCGGGUUCGCAGCCGCUCGCCUGGUCGAGAAGGCCCUCUAG